AUGUUAGGGCGAUUAUUUAAACAGAAUCAACCGGGACCUAAUCACCAUAACUCAAACGGGAAUGUCAAUUAUACAGGCCAAACCGGGGCUAAUAAUUCUUAUGCUAAUAGUUAUGGUGCAAAUCACCAACCCAAGAAUGGUCCCAUCACCAACCCGAAUACGAACUCUUAUCAAAAUGUAAAUACUUUUGAAGAUUCAUACUCAAGGGAGAUUUUAUAUGGAACGUCCGAUGUUCUACAGUUAAAACCGUAUCAAUUGAAUAAUAAGUUUUUUCGAAUAAUAAUAUCACAGGACGGAGGAAAUCUAAGAUCAAAGCAGGUAUUAUACGAUUCAGCAGCUCAGAAUAACGAUAAUCCAGGUCACAUAGCGAGACCUCCCUCAGUAUCAAGAAAUAGCAGUUCUAAUAAUGUAAAUAGCAAGAACAUUUUGACAUCAAAGAUAUAUCAUAACGCUAGUGAAUUAAAUGAUUACAUGUUUGGAUGUGGAUUACCCUCAAAUGAAACAUAUAGUACAACUAAAAUCCAUAUUUUACCAACAUUGAAUAAUCUGACUUAUGGAUCAAAUCAGUCUAUUCUAAUUACAAGGCUUUUUCUGAUAUCAGAUAACAACGAGAUACUAGGUCUCAAUGACAAUUUUGAAGCACAAUGGAAACCACGUCCCGCGCUUCCUAUCAAGGAAACAUCGAUUAAAAAUUAUGCCUUCAAUAUAGCCCAUUCCAGAUCUACUAGUACGGAUUCUGGCUCAGCAAAUAAAUCAACCAACGGAAUUAACAGUCGAUUUUCUAUUGGCUUAAUUAUACCACUUGAAUCUGUGAAUGAUCAUCUAAAUGAUGUUAUUUUUAAUAAUUGGGAUGAAAUAUCGCAUUACCUUAUAGUAUUACAAAAGUUAAUCAUUAAAAAAUUGAUAUUAACAUUGAAUAAUAGUAUGAAUGAUUUAAGUCUUUCAAGCUUAAGCUUGCAGAAUAAUUCUCCAAACCAUUCUCAUAUCUAUUGCCCUUACAUUGUAAACAAGAGAAUCCAAUUUCCAAGUUAUCUUUUGCAGAAUGAACUAGACUUGAAUAACCAGCUAAUAAAAUUAAUUAAGCUAAUUCACUACAAUACUAAUGUUCCAAAAUUAAUUAAUUCUAAUUCAUUAAUGAGGUCUUCGAUGAACGGCUCUUCAAGAGUAAAUCCUAUGCUUUUUAACUGGAUUUCAGAAGUGUUAAAUUGGUUACAAUUUAAAGAUGGAAGAUCCAUGAAUAAUGACAAUACCCAUCAAUUGCAUAGUAGUUUUAAUAACAAUUCUCAGUUCCAAUAUAAUAAUACUGCUAAUGCUUCUAAUCCAGUGUCAAUCCAAAGUUCCCCAAGCAUCAAUAAUUUCAUUCUUUCUCCAAACACAGAUACAACAAUCACCAAGACAUUUUUAGCCAGUUUAUUGGCUUUAUUAAUUCCCUUAAGAAAGCUGUUGACCACGAAACCAUUUAGUAAUUGUAAUGACGGGAGUAAUACACGGGAAAUAACGAGAGUGAUAGUUAUGACUGGGAACCCUGUGGUAGCUAAAAAAUUGAUUUUUAUCAUAAAUGGAUUAAUCCCUGAUAACGAAAUGCUUUCAAUAUUGGAUGAUUAUGAAGACGAAAACUCAUAUACGCCUGAGAGUUCAAAUGAUAAUAAGCGGGUUGAACAUUCAAUUGAUAAAAUACCUGAAAGUAAGAGUGAGGAAUUCAUAAAUGAAGAUGCCUUUAGCAAUGAUUCUCUUGAUAUACCUUCCUCAGUACAACAGAAACCAUUCAGUUCUACAGGUGAUAUGAACCAUAUUAACGCAUUGGGAGGAUCAAAACCUGUGCCUACUAUACCAAUACCGAUCAAAUCUUCAACGGCUAGUUCAUAUAGUUCUUCUGAUAAUUCGCCAACUCAUACCACAUUAGUAAAAGGUUGGGAAAUACCUCAUAAGUCUUCAGCUAGUACUACUACCACACCAUUCAAAUCCCGAGUCGAAGUAGGCACCAGCGUUAUUCCUAUUGCUCAAAAAACUCCAGCUAGAUCUUCCCUUUCAAAAUCAUCAUCUAUGGCUUACUUAUCGUCAUCCUUAACUUCAUCUUUGUCAUCUUCCGCAUCAAACUAUUCAUUAUCAAAAUUAGGAGGAAGCUUCAUGGAGAAAUGGAAAAAUUCAUUUUCUAAUACCCAACAUACAAAUCCAAAUGUAAACCCAUCUAAUAACCAGACUAAUAACCUGAUUGGAUUUAAUACAGAAAACCAUGAGUUUCUUCCUCCUUCUUUGGGUAAUCUAUCGAAAAGAAAUUCCGUCCAUUCCUUAAGAACUCCUUCACCAGUUGUUGAGAUGGACGAUAACCUGUUAUAUCAUAAUAAUUCAAAUAUUGGUAAUAUUCCACAUAAUUCUUCAAGUUCGACCAAAAUGUCUAGAGCACAAUCAAUGUUUGAUUUAUAUAAUAAUCACAGCAAUAACAAAAGAAAUAGUAUUGGAAUAAUUCAAGAAGAAGGAAAGCAGUUACACCUGGGGAUUAAGAGAUCCAACACAAGCAUAUAUACAUCUUCCUUGCAUGACUCCUGCAAAAUAAAGAAUAUCAACGACUUUAACAAAGGUGUUAUCAAAACUAAAUGCUCGGUAAUUAUGAAAGCUAAUGUUUCACUUGGCGGUUCUAUUGACAAAACUUUAAAUAUCAAUACCUUAAUGGAAAAAAGUGGAGAUGAAUCUGAUAGCUAUUAUGAGGAUGAAAGCACAAUAACAUCAAGUAGAGUAAACGAUACUGCACCGCUUAUUAAACACAGACCUUUAUUUCCAAAUGUUGCUUUUGCAGAAGAAUUUCGUCCUGAAUUUAUUCUUCAGUCGUGCCCAAUAAACCCGAAAUUAGAGUCGCAGGUGAUGACAUCGAUGAAGAAUGAUUUAUUGUUCUAUCAAAAUAAUUGCCAGUUUGAAAAUGUAACUUCACGGUCGGUAUUUAUAAGUUUAAGAGCGAGGGAAAUCAAAAUGAUCGAAAUGAAUGUAGGAGAAGCUAGUAGCGGGGGACCCGAAACCAGCCCUAAUAGCCAAGCGUCUAGUAAUUGUGGAACUCCUUUAGGCUCGCUCCAAGAACCACUAAAACCAUCCCUCCAAAGUGCUCUUACAAAAGGUAUCAGAAACAACAAUACUGAUCAAAAUGAGAAUAGACGGAGCUCUACAACAAGUAAUAACACAGCGAGCUAUAAGACUAUCAUUAAGAAAAUCUUUAGCCCAACAAGAAACUUGGGUGAUAAGGAAGUCAUUCACGCAGUAGAGAAUACUCUAGACGAAAUUAAUAAGUUAUUUCAAUCUUGUUCUAAUAUUCAGAAGAGUGAAACUAUGAGCAAGGAUUUUAAUGAGAAAUUGACUAUGUUAAUGAGCAAUAUAUUAAGCUAG